AUGCCACCAAAAACAAGCUACAAGCAAUACGUGGACUCGGGACUUGUGCUGCAGACGUAUGACUCCGUUGGCAAAGGUCCUCUGGACUUGGACUAUUUGAUCCACACCCUCAGACACCCUACCCCAGAUACCUCGGUGCAAAAGGUGUUGGGGUACAUGUACCAUUACUUGCCAUUCGUGAAGCAUGAACAUAACUUGAGACUCGUGUUUUCCAGUUUUUUGAGUAAUCAGGUCUGUUUCUCGGCUCAGCCGCCUCUGUUUGAGGAGAACUACUUGAUCAUUGAGGUUUUCAAGUUGAUCACAGACAAGAAGCUCAAGAUCUCCCAGCCUACGCUUCCGAUCAAGACAUUUUACGAGGUGAUUGGAAAGGAACUCCAAAGCUUUGUGGCAUUCAACCCGCCUCUGAAUUCCUGGAAGGUGUUGCCCAUCAUCUCGGGUAUACUCUUGUCGAACGAGGUGAGAGAUCACUUAUACACAUCGGUCAACAUGCUCCAGUAUAAGUGGUUCUUUAACGAGUGGGACAACGACAUGGACGCCUUGUUCAAGCGUGCUUUCGGCUACUCCAUCUCGCCUGUAAACUCCCUUGAUAUCGUCAACUUAUCCCUCCUAAGUCUCGCAUUGAAGUACCAUAGGCACGAGAGACUUGAGGACUACGUGGGACGUAUUGAUCCAGGACUACUUAUAAAUGGCUUGGUUGACCUUAUAUUCGCUAGAGGAACUCAUUCCGCCUACAUCUACACCAAGUUUGGUGAAAUCGACCCAAAAGAUCCUGGCUCUGAGCAGGUUAUCGCUUCUUCCGUCAGCCAAAAGCCGGUCGUCAAGCAUCUCAACAGACUUUCAUUCCUUUUGGAGUCUCUUCUUGCUGACCUCCCGCACACACAGCCCGCUUUCGAACUUACCUUGACGGUCUCUGAGAAGAUCAAGGUGUUCUACCGUGACUUAAAUCACUUUGUUCAACGCAACCGCAAACUCAACCAUGACCCUAGUAUCACGGCGAAUGAGAGCUUCUAUCAGGCAUUUUGGUUCUUGAUGAAGGGUCUUUUGUUCGCAGAGGUGAUCAUUUUCCAAGGUAUAUUGACUAGGUUUUUGGCGGCAAAGAAUCAUAAUGUCGGAUUCUUCGCUCAGCUAUUCAAAUCGUCAAAGAUCUUGGGUGACAUCGAACGGGAGUACCAUCAAAUCUGCUUGCAGGUUACUCAAUCCCUUUACUACACUAACUUCAUCUUAAUGUCUGUUGGUCAAGGCGGUUUUGAUGGCUACAACUUCGUUUACUAUUUAUCAAUUGAGAUUCUCCUUCACAACGGCCGGCCUUUUGAACUCGAGAAUAUCACGAAGCACUUGAUUGGCAACUAUCAGGAAAUCAAUUUGCAUCCUGAUGCCCUCAAUGCUGACUACGUUGCUAGAUGCAAAGCACUCUAUGUCUGUGGUCUUUGGGAGAACUACCUCCAACAACUGAGCAAGAAGAACCCUGAAUUUGUGAAUUUCAUUUUUGAGGUGGCAUUUUCAAUUGUCAGGCAGCCCAAUAUCGAGGACCACGGCUUCAUUGAGGCUGUCCACUCAGUACUCUUGGUGUACUUUUCGACAAUGGAGAAUACGGAUAAGAACCUCGGCAAAGUGUUGCAGUACUUUGAGCUAUUGGUGAACCAAUUCCCACGAGUACUCUCCGCCAACCAAUUGAGUGUUGCAGUCGAGACUUUGGGAAAGAAAAUCUUGUCUAAUCCCGUCAGAUAUGCCCGUGAUGCUCAAUACAAGAAUUCCGCUGACGAGUUUUUGGAGUUUGUUUAUCACAAAUGUUCGCUGACUCGUCCAGGCCUUCCUGUCAGAAGACCCAAUAACCAGACGUUCUCGUCGGCUCAACCUGUAACAGAGAUUGAUGCCUCUUCGACCUUAUCUCAAAUUGGCAAAGAAGACCGCGAUAAAGAGGAUCUUGUGAAAAGAAACAAGAGAAAAAAGCCAAAGGAUCUCCCAAAUCUUAAGCUUGGCUUGAUGGCCCAAGGAUCCUCUGGCCAGGAAUACUUCGAGAAUAGACUGGAGCCUGAAACCUCGCGAGAGGCCAUUAUCUUGGCGUUCCUCAACAUCAUUCCAUACCUCCCAAUCAGCCUUUUUGUACCAUGGCUCGAUCGCAUUUGGGCGCUUAUCAAGGCCAGUGGAAAGGAAGAAAGGCCAUUCUUGACUGAGAGGCUCUGGAAGGUGAUCAGCGAGAACCUUGACCUCAACAGGUGCGAGAUCGCCUACGAAUGGUGGUAUGAGACCAGGGGCGCUGUGGAGCAAAAUAUCACGGUCAAGCUUUCACAAGUCAAACUUUAA